AUGGAUAAGGACGUCUUCAAACUAUUUUGUGGUGUUCUAAAAGAAAAAAAUUUAUUGAAGAACUCUCGCUAUCUUUCUGUUGAGGAGCAAGUUGCUAUGCUCUUAUUUGUCAUUGGACAUAAUGAACGACAUCGUGUAGUUGCUGAACGAUUUCAACACUCCACCUCAACUACAUCUGAAUACUUUAGGAAAGUUUUGAAGCCGGUAUGUCGUUUAUCCAAAGAGUUAAUUACACCACCUUUGUUUGAUGUAGUUCCUUCAGAAAUUCGAUUCAAUCCAAAAUAUUAUCCAUUUUUCAAGAAUUGUGUAGGAGCGAUAGAUGCGACCCAUAUCUCUACUCAUGUCCCCAUUAAUGAACAAAUACCAUAUCGAGGUCGGAAGGUGGAUACAACUCAAAACGUCAUGUGUAUAUGUUCAUUUGACAUGAAGUUCACAUAUAUUGUAGCGGGAUGGGAAGGAUCAGCUAAUGAUGCACGAAUUCUUUCAGAAUGUGCCACAAACCCAGAUUAUGAAUUCUCAGCUCCACCCAAUGGAAAAUAUUAUCUUCUUGAUUCUGGAUAUACAAACAUGCCUGGUUUUCUUUCCCCAUAUCGAGGAGAAAGAUAUCAUUUCAAUCAAUAUACAGAUCGUAAUCCUUUUGGAAAAAGGGAGUUGUUCAAUUAUCGACAUUCGUCUUUGAGAAAUGUCAUCGAGCGGUGCUUUGGCGUAUUGAAGGCUCGCUUUCCUAUUUCAAAGCAAAUACCUUCCUAUGAUCUAAAAAUACAGAAGUACAUUGUGAUUGCUUGUUGUGGAAUUCAUAAUUUUAUAAGGACAAAUGCAGAAAAAGACGUAUAUUUUGAUGGAGAUGAAGACAUUCCUGAAGUACAAGAUGCUACUAUACAAAGCACCCACGAAACUUUGAAUGAUAUUGUUGAGUUUAGCAUUUCAAGAGAUCAACUUAGUGAAAUGGCUAAUGUCCGUGAUGAAAUUGCUGAUCAUAUAUGGAGAGCAAAUCGACGAUGA